UACAAUAAAUGACACAAAAGCAAAGGGAAAAUUUCUGCGUACGGUUCGUGAGCUGUGUGUUCAAAUUCCAAGAAGCCAAAUAUCCGGUGCUAACCGUUUAAAGGCUCCCAAGAUUUUGGCUGUAUUAUAGUGAAAUAUAAUACAGAUAUAAAACCGAUCCGAUCAAGUGCAACGGAAAUCGCCGCGAUUGCCAUCAAGGUGGCCCGUAGCUAAUAAGUGUUCACGAAUGAGAGCAAAGCAGAUGGCGGAGAGCGUCCCGCGCUUCAGUGUGUGUGUGCGUAAACGAGUAGAAAGCGGCGGUAAAAACCUUCGCGUGUAACACAAAAAAAUAAAAAAAACAUCCAAUUUCAAUAUCAAAACGAUUCUAUAUCGCCCAUUGAAAAACAAGUACGACGCGUACGUAGGGAAAUUGGAAAAUCCAUUGCAAAUCGAGAGCAACAGUCGCCGAGGAGCAGAAUCAGCGGACGAAAACAAAAACGCUUUAAAAACGCAGUCGCCGAUACAGAAAGUGCCAGCGUGUGAGUGUACGUAGUUGUGGGCAAAGAGAACGGUGAAGAAUAAGAAAUCACAAAAAAAAAACCUUACUGUGGAAGUGCAAAAUGCGCGGCUGAUAAAGAUUGUGAUAAUCACGGAAUAAAACAACCAAAAACGAAGAAUGAAAAGAAACCGCAACCAAAUUGGUUGAAUAAUAUUUAAGCCAACGCCAGUGCUGCAAAAAUCGGUGCGCAUUAUCAUUGGAACGUUCAGUGUUGCACAUCGCUGCCGCCCCACGCAUAAUCCAACACUCUCCCCCCCUUCCCACCCAGAUCCACCCACUCACACACACACGCACACACUCGAUUUCGGAUUCCUUCGUCUGCAUUAUAAUAUUGCGCUUAUUUUCUUUCGCGAGCUCAACGAUGCGACACGAUCAGUCCCUGGACCUUUUUAGUUUAUUUUGUUAAUUGUUGGAUUAUCCAUUAACUACGUGAGGAGUACGUAGGACAUUAUAAAAGACUUGGGAUCUUUGAAGGAAUAAUUUAACCAUGAGUCGCCUGCAAAAGCAAAACCACGAGAUCUUGAGCAGCGGUUCAAGUAAGUCGCGUCGCAAGAAUCAGCAAAAUCCCCAUGUAUCGGGGCCACUAGCCUACGAGGAGAAGGAUCAAAUGGUACGGAAUCAUAUGAACGGCCACGUGGUGGCCAAUGGCAAUGGCAAUGCCAAAAAGCGGAAGAAUAGCAAAUCCGAAACGUUGACUAAUGGCAAAAAGUCCAAACUGAAUACGGAGGGAUCUGGCUCCGGUUCUGGCAAGUCCUUGGCGUACAACAAUAAUAACAAUAACAACAACAGCAUCAGUGCCACCAACGGUCAGUACACCAAUAGCAACAGCAAGACCACGUCAGCAUCUACAAGGGAUUACACUUACCGCGAGACCAUAUCACCGCCCACACCUCCAUCGCCGCUCACCACAAAUGUGGCCGAGAUUGUUUGCAUAUCGGAUGCGGAGAGCGAGGAGGAACGCGAUCCCGAUCGGGACUAUUACGACCAGGACACGGAGGAGGAGGAGCCAAGCAUUCGAGAGAUCGAUGAAUCUAGCUCCAGCAAGUCCAAGGCCAAGUCCAACAAUGCAGCUGCAGCGGCGGCGGCUGCUGCAGCGGCAGCAGCAGCCUCGAUGGCCUCUUCGUCGGCCACGCCCUCCUACGCCAUGCCCACCAGCAAUAGUACGCCCCUGGAUCUGGACAAUGAGUCCCAUCAACGGGACCUGGAGGCGGUCACCGAUCUGCGGUCCUACGUUAAAUUGUACAGUGACGAGGCCGUCAGUUUGAAUGAUUUCAAAAUAAUACGCGUCCUAGGAACAGGUGCCUACGGCCGGGUUUUCCUCGUUCGCAAGCUGAGUAGACACGAUGCCGGAAAACUGUAUGCAAUGAAAGUUCUCAAUAAGAUAACGGUGGUCCAGAAGCGAAAAACCGCGGAACACACCAAAACUGAGAGAGUGGUACUAGAGGCCGUUCAGCGUAGUCCCUUCCUUGUGAGUCUGCACUACGCCUUCCAGUCGUCUUCAAAGCUUUAUCUGGUGCUAGACUUUGCCAAUGGUGGCGAGUUGUUCACGCAUCUCUACCACUCUGAGAACUUCGAAGAGUCUCGGGUGCGUGUUUACAUAGCCGAGGUGGUGCUGGCUCUGGAGCAACUGCAUCAGUUGGGGAUUAUCUAUCGAGACAUUAAGUUGGAAAAUAUUUUGCUCGAUGGCGAGGGGCACAUUGUACUCUCCGACUUUGGACUGUCGAAGAUUCUUACCGCGGAGAAUGAAUACCGUGCGCACAGCUUUUGCGGCACUCUGGAGUACAUGGCUCCUGAGAUUAUCCGUACGGGACCGCCGGGACACGACAGUGCCGUGGACUGGUGGUCGGUGGGUGUGCUCACUUUUGAGCUGCUCACCGGUGCUUCGCCAUUCGCCACGUCUGACGGCCAGAGUCAGCAGUCGGAAAUCUCUCGGCGAAUUCAGAAGGAGCAGCCGUUGAUUCCCUCAUCGUUCAGUGCCAACGCCCGUGACUUUGUGCUAAAGAUGCUGGAGAAGAACCCAAAACGCCGGCUGGGAGGCAACCAUCGCGACGCGAGCGAAAUCAAGGAGCACCCCUUCUUCCACGGCAUCAACUGGCAGGAGCUGCGGAACAAGCGCCGCAAGGCCCCCUAUAAGCCCACCCUCACCGCAGAGGACGAUGUCCAGAACUUCAGCAACGAGUUUACCGACCAGGUGCCCGAGGAUCCCGAGUGCGAUGCUCCGCCAAGUCGGAUACGACUAUUCCGCGGCUACACAUACGUCGCGCCAGAGCAUUUGGAGCAGAUGCGACGGGAUAACAACUGUCAGAUCCAGUACUGUAAUCCGGGACUUCAGAAUAUACCCUCACGGCCAGAUGACCUUGAACUGGGCACCCGCACUGUGAGUGGAGCAUAUGGCACUUGCCAUUUUGUGGUGGACAGUUCUUCGGAGAUGGUGUUCAUGGCCAAAGUAAUACCGCUGUCCAAAUUCCGCCCCUCCGAGGUCGACGCGCUGAUCUCGUGCGCUCUCGACACGAACAGUCACAAGAACAUCGUCAGCUACCACGGAACGUUCAGGGAUAAGUGCGAGACUUGGAUCAUAAUGGAGUACCUGUGCGGCGAGGAGCUGACCGCAUCCAUCCGCAUGGAUGAGGACUCGUGUCGGGAGAUCUUUCUGCAACUGGUUAUGGCUGUGCGGCACAUACACUCCAAACACUUUUUACAUGGUGACCUGAAGCCGGAGAACGUAAUGUUUGAGAGCCGAGAUGAUAAGAAUGUCAAACUGGUCGAUUUUGGCAACGCAUGUUACAAUAGUCGUUUUCAGAGUUGGAAAGACAAGCCGCGUUACACGCUAGACUAUGCUCCGCCUGAAAUGCUCGCGGAUGCGAAUCUCGUCACUUAUUCGCCAGCCGUGGAUAUAUACGGUCUUGGGGCCACGCUGUAUACCAUGCUGGUGGGACAUCAGCCAUACAGACAGAACGAGGACGAUGUAGAUCACUCCGCAGCGGCCCAUCAUGAGCUUCGUAAGCGAAUGCGCCGGGAAACGUUUAACCAGCGUUCUAAGCGCUGGGAAAAUGCAAGUCCUGCGUUCCGACAUUUGGUGAGCUGGUGUCUGCAGCGGGAUCCGGCUGAUCGGCCCACAUUGUCAGAUAUUCUAGACAGCGAAUGGCUGCAAUACGGUUCAAAUGAUCCGGACGUAGAUAUAAUUCUGCCGCUAGAGCAGCAGAUGGUUGUGGACCUCAGCGAAGAUACUAUGGAGCAACCGACGGCAGGUAUGUUAGACGAGCAGGAACAACAGGAAUUCACGCACGACAAGUCGGCGGAGGUUGAGGGCAUAACCCUAGUCAGCGAACCCAUGCAAGCGACUGUCCCGACUCAAGAACCUAGGAAAAAUGCAGCCGCAUUACCUAUGCCAGUUGCUCCAUCUGACGACGAUGACUUGGUAGUGCACGAACGAUUUGACCCGGCCUUUGAGGUACAAGCGGACUUCUACGGCUUCGACGAGGAUGCGCCUCCCCUGCCCCUUCCCGAUGAAUACUACUCUGAACUACCUCUGCCUGAGGAAGACCGGCAGUACAUGCCACCUCCACCAGCCCCGGCUCCUGUUGUACCAGAAUCGCCCUUCCGACGGCCAAGAACGCGACAGCAGCGUCGCACUGAGAGCCAGCUAUUACAGCCUGUUUCUGCCGCUCCGCUGGAGGACAGCAAGGCGUCCCUGCGCCUACUAAUGCAGCAGCUGCCGCCGCCAGCUGACAUCGCAGUAGCACGCAUUCCGAAGAGAACCCAGCGAGUCGUACGUACAUUGCCUCCGUCCUUUGGAACCACCAAACGAGAGGAGAGUUUCACUGGAUUUAGUAAGACAGCAAGCUCGUGGCGAAAGACGCGGGCUAGCUGGCGGCACUUCUGUCUGCUUAUCAAUGGUGUGCAGCAGGUGCUCAAGAUUCGGUUCAAAAAAACGCGUCGCGUCUACUGCCUGCCCACUAUAAAAGUGGAAAAACUUGAUCAUGCGUACGAGAAACCAUUGACGUUCCCGCGGCCCAAGGCGCAACUGAAGCGCGCCAAGCGGGAGCCCAAGGUGCCGCGGCCACCGACGCGAGUGCAACCGGAGAGGGCGCGGGCGCUGCGACAACUUUAUCAGUUCCAAUGACAUGAGGAUGACGAUGACGAUGAUGUGGAGGUGGUGGAAAUCAAGGAGGAGCCGCUGAACGAGGGGGAGGAGCAACCGCGAGCGGUGCUGCUGUGGGAGGGCGACUUCAGGCGGCAACGGAUGUACAGCUGACCACACACAUUGACCGAAUGGCCCAUCCAGGACAACGACAACCAGACACCGGCCAAAACAAAGGGUGAACACACAGCGGGUUUCAGCACCCAGCAACAAACCCAUUAGCCCCCCUUACUACCAAUCGGAAGCAUUAGGGGAAGGAUCCGCAAGACGCACCAAAGAUCCUGUCAAUACAGUUUUUCAAGUUUGUUAUGCAUUAGUCUAAGUUCAGAACUCAUUUUGCUUAUCGCUUUCUCAACCACGAGGAACGAAAACCAACUUAACUUGUACACAUUUAGAACAACAUUCUAAUUGGUGUAUUCUAAAUGCAAUUUGUUGUGCUAGUUAAUUAUUUGAAUAGCUUAAGUGUAAAAAGUCAGACUCAAAAACGGGAAUUAAACAAAGGCAACUUUUGCAUUGAUCUUAGAGCGAUUAAGACAUAGAAAAACAAAUACCGACAUCAGAACACAACCACUAAUAUGAUAAUAAGAUUUGCAAUUAGUUUAGUGCAAAAUUAUGUUUAAGACAGCAUUGAGAAAGAUAUUCUUACGACCCCCAUAUACACGGUUUGCUUUAAGUUGUGCUUUAUGUUAAGUUAUAUACUUUAUUCUUAACACUACCACUGAACUAACUCAAAAUACUUCCCAGCAUGUAUUUCCACUCGCAAUAGGAAUUAACAAAGCCAUUUAAUUCCAAUUGCGCUUGGCAAUGUUUCCUAAUUGCAUUCAAAUCAUUUCAGUUAAAACUAAGGGGAAAAAGAAGCAUCGCCCGAAGAGCCAUUUCCACAUGAAACUGCGAAGUUCUUUUUUGAGAACGUGCCGAAAAUAUAUAGUUUCUUGCACACAAAACUCAACUAUUCAGAAUCGUAAAUAGUCGUAGACAUUUGUUAAUGGCAAACCAACAUUUAAUUGUUUUGUUAAGUAUUUUUGAUUGUUUAUUUUUUUAAUUUGCUGAGAAACCUGUAUCUAAAUAAGAUAACGCAAUGGAAAGCGAUGAAAUCUAAAUAAAAUUUAAAGAAUUACAUUAUUUUACACUUCCUUGAUUUGUAUUGUUUACAUUUGUGUUUGCAAUUUAUCAGUUCUUAUAGGCACCCGCAAAACCCUCCCCUGACAUUAACUUAACCCAAUUCCAAUUCACAUAUCGAACUGUAUAAACUUGCGUUAGAGCUGAUACAGAAGGAAAAUGAUGUUGAAGUCAUGGUGUAAAUUUUAGUAUAAAACAAAUAACAUUUAUAUUAAAGUUGCCUUCUAACAAGUUGCCUUAGAACACACACAAAUGUAAAGCCCAAAAACUCCAAAAAGUCGCAAUAUAAAAAGUUAAACAUACCCUACAUUUUAUAAGCAAACUCAUUUGGCAUGAGUUUUUAUGGCUGCGAUCAUUGGCAAUCCGUCGUAGUUUAAGAUCACUGGAACUAUCAAUGACCACAGACUCUGCCCAAUCUACUUACAAAGGACGCAACAACCAAUGGGGGACAACUAGUUAAAUGUAAGAAUAAAGCAAUCAAAUCGUAAUGAACUCGAUUUUUACAGUUCGGCCAAAGCGUUAUAUGGAUUACGGAUAGUUAUGUUAACCCAACAAUCGAAAGAGUUUGAUUAACUUUGAAGAUCGAUUGAGACACGGAGAUGAAUUUGAAACGAGUUGCUAGCGGUUAAGUCACCAAAGUCUGUACAUAAAACUAA